AUGGCAACACGGCCGCAGCUGCCCGAGGUUGUAGAUGCAUGGCGCUGGAGUCUCAAAGCGAAUGACCUGAUUGAUACCUAUCUAUCACGGUCUAGGGCUCUACUCGCAAACAGGCUCCGCCGACGCUUGAAAGCAUUGUUCCUCGAACCGGUCUGCGUCGACCUCGACUAUCAAUACAAUGGUACCACACUCUCGAGUCUCCCAUGUUUUAGUAGAGCUAACCAGCUGCAGGAUGAUAAUCCUGAACCCGAGGCUCUCAAGGCCAUCGCCACUGCCCUCGAGAAGAUGGUCACCACUAAGGCCACCGCUAUGGAGACAGCAGCUACCCCGAGGCCCAUGGCGUACUUGGAGACCGCGACGUUGGUACUGAUGUGCAUUUGGUUCAUCACGGGCACUUGGUUUCUCGCUUUGGGGGAAUUGAAGAAAGACCUUGUCAAUGAGCAAGAUCAACGCCUGAUGAACCUGCAGGCGGCUCCGGAUAAGACGCUUGAUUAA